GGGACCCGUCCGAACCCUCUGCGUCCUCUCUGGUCACAGGUGAAUGCAGGUGAGCUGCGGUCGGUGUCACGUGCCCUCCGUGUUUUUAUUGCCAUUGGACCAGCUGCUGGUGUGCUGAUAGCCCAGUUCCUCCCGGUCACCUGACAGGCGCGCGUGCACACACCUGAGCCCCUCCCUCCUCCGCCGUUGUUACGCAGUGACGUCAGAGCAGAAGAAGAUGGCGGCGGUGCUGAAGGCGGAAGGGAGGCAGCGCGGGCUCGUGCUUCUGCUGUGACCGUCGCCAUGAGCAACAAGGAGAUGGUUUCCACGGAGACAGACGGGAGAGGACAGAGGAAGGUGUUCCUCCCCAACAAGCUGCUGGAGUGCGUCCCGCGCCUGACCGCGCUGCCCAACGAGCGGCUGCGCUGGAACACGAACGAGGAGAUCGCCUCCUACCUGAUCUCCUUCGAACGCCAUGAGGAGUGGCUCACCGGGAGCCUGAAGACCAGGCCGAAGAACGGCAGCAUCGUCCUCUACAACAGGAAGAAGGUGAAGUACAGGAAGGACGGCUACUGCUGGAAGAAGAGGAAGGAUGGAAAGACCACCCGAGAGGACCACAUGAAGCUGAAGGUGCAGGGCAUGGAGUGCCUCUACGGCUGCUACGUCCAUUCCUCCAUCGUGCCCACAUUCCACAGGCGGAGCUACUGGCUGCUGCAGAACCCAGACAUCGUGCUGGUCCACUACCUGAAUGUGCCGUCGCUGGAGGAUUCUGGGAAAUGCAGUCCGCUGCUGUGCACGUUGUCAGACCGCCACGACAGCCUGAGGUGGAACCACGAGGACCUGCUGAACCAGCUAAAGCCCAUGUUCCACAGCAUCAAGUGUUCGUUUGGUUCCGGAGACUUCAGCAUCGAGGAUCUGGUUCAGCACAUCCUGGACCGGCAGAGAACCAAACCCCAGCCGCGCACUCACACCUGCCUCUGCAGCUCCGCCCAGGUGCUGGCAGGAGCCAACAUUCCUCACCGCUGCAACAGCACCAAGCAUCGCAUCAUCUCGCCAAAGCUGCCCCCCUCCUCCUGCAGGCCCGCCCCAACACCGCCCUCCCAGGUGGAGCCGGGGGCGGGCACUGAGGGAGGAGGGGACAGCAGGGUGCACCUCCUGCAGGCUCAGGGCAGCCCCGCCCCCCCUUCGAUCCCGCCCUCCAUCUCCGCCUCGCCCCCCCCACAGCCCGUCCCGACCGCCAUAGCCAUGAGUAAAAGCGGAAACGGUUUCUACGGCGACCGCUGCAGCGGCCUGGCUGCUGUGGCUCUUCCUCAGAACGCCGUCAUCGUCAUGACGACCGCCUCACCUGUUCCAGGUGGAGAGGGGGGACAUGGGGGAGGAGCCGGGGGCAGAUCCAGAUCAGAGGAGGUGGGGCAAAGAGUGAGCUGCGGGCGGCUGCUGCUGUCCCCCCCUCCCCCUGCAGGAAAGCCCGCCUCUCCAUCUCCAUAACCAGUUCCGGAUGUCCAUCCUGGAGCGUCUGGAGCAGAUGGAGCGCCGAAUGGCAGAGAUGGCCGCCCGCGGCGCCAGGCAGCCGCAGCAGCAUCCGCAGCAGCGCGGCAGCCAGAUGGCCACGCCCCCUCCCCCUCUACCUGAGGACCAACUGCAGUCCUCGCCGUGGUUCGAGCGCAGGAUUGUGGGCGUGUGUGAGAGGAUGAUGACGGGAGGAUGCUGGCGAGAAGGCGCAGCAGGAGACGGGCUUCUUCACUCGCCACGCUACCGUGGAAUGACGCUGCUCCACCUGGCGGCUGCGCAGGGAUACACCCAUCUGAUCCACACGCUGAUGCACUGGAGGAGCAUGAACGGCGACAGUCUGGAUCUGGAACAGGAAGUGGAUCCUCUGAAUGUCGACCACUUCUCUUGCACCCCCCUGAUGUGGGCGUGUGCGCUGGGACACCAGCGGGCGGCCGAGCUCCUGUACGGCUGGAACGGCCAGGCCCUGCGGAUCCCCGACUCGCUGGGCCGCCUGCCGCUCGCCGUCGCCCGCUCGCGGGGUCACACCGGCCUCGCCGCGGCGCUGGAGGAGCUGCACGCCCAGGGGGCCUCCAGAGAUACGCCCCAGCCCCCCCCCUCGCCUCUGUCGACUAGCCCCGACACAGGUCUCAGCUCGUCCAGCAGCAUCCCUUCCCCCAGCGACCCCUCCUCCCCAUCUCCUAGCUCCGCCUACUCCAGUGGCCCCACUCCCAUGGACACCUCCCCCUCCUCUCCUUCCUCUCUUUCCUCCUCCUCCUCCCUACCUGUGUCCCCCCCUUCACCCCCCUCUGUCCCCCUGCCUUUGGUGUCCAUGUGGGGGGAGGGAGGGACCGCCCCCUUCAGCACAGGUUUGAACCCCGGCAGACCCAGAGACUCUCACCUGUACCUCAUGGACUUUGAGACCGCCUCCCCCAGCCAGACACACUCGUACACCCAGCUGGUGGGGGGGCGGCGGUCGCACACGGCGGCGCUGGAGGAGCAGCUAAUGAGCUACAGCGAGAACACGGAGAACGAGGGCGAGGAGGAGGCGUACAUGGAGGACGAAGUGCUGCAGGUCGACAUGGCAACGCUGGCGGAACAAAUCAUCGAGGCAACUCCAGAGCGAAUCAAACAGGAGGACUUUCCCAGGGGGGCGGAGUCACCGCUCAGAGAGAGGCGGGACAACCCUGCUAUCCAGGACCCCUGGCUGGCUACUUACCUCGAAACCGUUGACGCCCACUCCCCACCACGAAAGCUCUGUCCCCCCUCCCCGCUCAGCGCUCUGGCUCUCCAGAGGCUCCGCCCCCCUUCCUCUGCAGCUUGGGCGGAGUUCCUGAACGCCUCGGCCAAUGGGAAGAUGGAGAGAGACUUUGCUCUGCUGACGCUGACCGACGGCGAGCAGCGAGAGCUGUACGAGGCGGCGCGGAUAAUCCAGAAUGCCUUCAGGAGAUACAAGGGCCGGAGGCUGAAGGAGCAGCAGGACAUGGCGGCCGCCGUCAUCCAGAGAUGCUACAGGAAGUACAAACAGCUAACAUGGAUAGCUCUGAAGUAUGCCCUCUACAAGAAGAUGACCCAGGCCGCCAUCCUGAUCCAGUCCAAGUUCCGAUCCUACUACGAGCAGAAGCGGUUCCAGCAGAGCCGGCGCGCUGCGGUCCUCAUCCAGCAGUACUACCGCAGCUACAAGGAGUACGAGAGGCUGAAGCAGACGCCACGAGGGGGCGCCAGUCACAACCCCAAGAUCAAGGGUUCCUUCCUGACCAAGAAGCAGGACCAGGCUGCCCGGAAGAUCAUGCGGUUCCUGCGCCGCUGCAGACACAGGAUCAAGGAACUGAAGCAGACCAGAGAGCUGGAGAGGAGAGGGCUGACCACCUGAAGACCUACAGGGGGAGGGCCCUGCAGAGAGCCACACCCCCGUCUCCUGUCUGGAUGAUGACAUCAUCACGCCGUCAGCGUGUGAACGCAGCACUUGUGUACAUAAUGAAGGCACUUCCUGUAUUUAAGCAGAUCUUUACAUUUGUUAUACACUCUGGAGUUUAUAGAUGUCUUUAUUUAUUGCAGCAUGAAAUGUUGUGUGAGCGCUUGUAUUUGGCCCCGCCCCCUGACAGUCAGGGGUCAGCUGAGGCGGGCCUGCCCCUGUCUGGCCUGACGGGGCAUCAGCAGAAAACCAUCUGUUUCCAUGGUGACCACAGCAGCCCCCCCCUGAGCAUGAGCUUUCCUGCAGCUGUUGGAGUGACGCUUUGCACGACUGUUUGUUCAUCAAUAAAGCUGCUGUCUGCUGGA